AUGGCUCUCCUCAUCUUGCUGUUCCUGCUGCCAAGUUCCUUACAUUCCAAGCCCACUUGUGAAAUCUCUCAAGUGACCAGCUUUCGGGAAGUAAACUGUGAGAACCAGAAGCUGACUGCAUUGCCUGCAGACCUGCCAGCAGACACAGGCAUCCUCCACCUGACCAAGAACAAACUCGGUAACUUCUCCACAGCGUCCGUGGUGCAUUUCACUAGCCUCACUCGACUGUACCUGGAUUAUUGUGAGCUGACCACUCUGCAGACCCCUGAGAAACUGUUGAAGCUGGAUACCCUGGAUUUAUCCCACAAUAACCUGCGAAGUCUGCCCUCCCUAGGACGGGCACUGCCUGCACUCACUAUCCUUGACGUCUCCUUCAAUCACCUGAGCUCACUGUCUCCUGGUGUCCUGGAUGGCCUAAGCCAACUCCAGGAGCUCCGCCUGAACAACAAUGAUCUGAAGAACCUGCCCCCUGGGCUCUUGGUGUCUGUAACUGAUCUGAAGAAACUCAACCUGGCCUACAACAAACUGCGUGAGCUGCCCCCUGGGCUCAUAGUUGGGCUGACAAACCUUAACACCCUCCACCUUCAAGGGAACUGGCUUCAUACAAUACCAAAGGGCUUCUUUGGGACCCUCCUCUUGCCUUUUGUUUUUCUCCAUGCCAACACCUGGUACUGUGAUUGUGAAAUCCUCCACCUCCUCCACUGGCUCCAGCAAAACCCCAACAAUGUCUAUCUAUGGAAGCAAGGUGUGGAUGUCAGGGCCAUGACCCCUAAUGUGGCCAGUGUAAGAUGCGGCAAUCUGGGCAGCGCACCUGUCUACACCUACCCAGGGAAGGACUGCCCUAACAAUGAUGAUAGCGAUACCAUGGACUAUGACGACUAUGAUAAUUUCUCUGAUGAACCUGCUACAAGGACUGUAGUCAAGUUCUUUACUAACACUAAAACCCAUACUACCCACCGGGGUCUACUCUUAGAGUCUCCUACUUCUGCAGACAGCCAAAUGCUUUCUUGGUCUCCAACCCACAAACCCACUGAGAGGCAGUCCACAUCCACCCACAUGCAGAUCCCAGAUCUUACCACACGCAGACAGACUGUGAAAUCCAACACACGCUUUUAUAGUCUAAAUCUCAAUCUUCUACCCAACAUCCCAACCAUCCUAGGGCUUACCUCUACCCCUACUUCCUCAGAGCCCAGCCUUACCCGCCCAGUGCCUACCACUUCUACCCUGGCUCCUCCAGAGCCCAGCUCCACACCAAUGCUUACCACCUCCACCCUAACUAUUCCAGUGCCUACUACUUCCACCCUGGUGAUUCCAGAGCCCAUUACCAACCCAGUUCCCACUACUGCUACCCUGACUACCCGAGAGCCCAGCAUCACAUCAAUGCCGACCACCUCUACCUCGACUACCCCAGAGCCCAGCACCACUCCAGUGUCUACCACUUCCACCCUAACUACUCCAGAGCCCAGCAGCACUGCCCUAACCACCCAAAAGCCAAUCACCAUCCCAGCCACUCCAGUGUCUACUGCCACCCCAGUGUUCACUACCACCCUGACCACCCCGGCGUCUACCCCAACUGAGACCACUUUAGACCUAUUUUUUACCACAGAGCCCACUAUACCCCGUAUCUCAGAAUCCGCCACAACGAUGCCAGAGUUGAACAGCUUUUUAACUUUCCAAGAGAUGGUUCAAGCAAAUUUUGAUACUUCUAAAAGUGACCCUUUUCUCAAUUCUGACUUUUGCUGUCUCCUCCCCCUGGGCUUCUAUAUUCUGGGUCUCCUCUGGCUCCUAUUUGCCUCUGUGAUACUCAUUUUGUUGCUGACCCGGAUCUGGCAUGUAAAACCACACACUCUGGACUUGAGCCAAUCUGCUGCUUUGGCCACAAGCACACAUACCACAAGUCUGGAUGUGCAGAGGGCGAGACAAGUAACUGUACCCCGGGCUUCGCUGCUCUUCCUUCAAGGGUCACUCCCUACUUUCCGUUCUAGCUUUUUCCUAUGGGUAAGGCCUAAUCGGCGUGUUGGGCAUCUGGUAGGGAGGCUCUGA